AGCAAGUACGAGUCGCGCUGGAGAGGGGAGGGAACGAGAGGCAGAUAGUCUCUCAAUUACCGUCAAUCACCCAGGAUUACUGUCGCCUACUCUCAUACUUCUCGCCGAUAAGCGGCCAGAGCAAGUUUACCGGGUGACUCGGAGCAGGUAUGCGGUCAGUUCUGUUUGUAGGACCUUAAAAAGCAAGAAUGCGGACCUAAACGGGACUUCCACGCCGUUCCUGUGACGGUUUGGCUUUCUCUGAAAUCGGAAGACACGAAUCGAUCUUUCUCUGUAGCUGGGAGCUGAGCACUGACUGGCUUUGGCGUACUUCUCGGCUGGGCUCCCGUGGCUUGAGGCAACGCUGCUCCUGCAGACGAGGCGAAAGAGCCGCAGCCAGGGACCACGACCGCCACCAGAACGGAAUCCUGUUUGGGGUUGCAGGCAGACCGCAGAGACAGUCGUCAGUUUCGGCUUCUGGACACAAAUAUUACACAUACUGAUAGAGGAGAGUGAAAUACACUCAUAACUCUGUAGUCAGCGAAUGACAGCGCGGCUCUCGCUAUUUUACAGUUUCCUUGAAACAUGUAAUCUACGCUGGAAACCAAGCUGCCAGUCGUUGACUUGAGUUUUCCUACAAUUUUGGAAAGAGGCUGUUAUCGCCCUGAGGACUACCGAAGAGUCGUGUGGCUCGUGGGAAUACAAAGCCACCAGUCAGACUCGGCGUCUUUACUAGUGCUGGAGGCUCGCGCUGAGCUGUCAAACAGGUACCUACACGUCGUGUCUGGUCGUGAGGGGUCACAUACCGGCCCUAUUUGACCGACCCUAUUUAUCUCAGGAUAUAUAUAUAUUUUUUUUUUUCAUUUUGUAUCCUUCAAUUAGCCUAUUGUAUCUUGCCAGUCGUAUGCUAUACAUUUGCAGCUGUUGGAUGAGGGAGUCUGCUUUGGUGAAGGUAGCCUGACCUAAGGCUUACAUAUGUCUGUAACGUGGUGGUGAACGACUCAAUGAUGCACAUAUGCACAGCCAUGCCCAAAUGUAUUAAUGUAAAUGGCAAAGCAAUCAUACAUCUGCGUUCUGUUAACCUGGUUAACUCACUCGGUCAGUGACAUCUAACCUGUAAUCUGUGCGCACACGUGUGACAGGGAGAGUGUGCGUGCGUGCCCUAUGCGUGGGGCUUCUCCUCUGGUUUUAUCUGAAACACUUUCGCAUCAGCCACAAUGAUGAGCGGUGGACCCAACAUCGUGUACGAGUGGCUCCGGACACUGCAGCUCGUGCAGUACAUGGAAGCCUUCAUGGAUAACGGCUACGACGACCUGGAGGUUUGCAAACAGAUCGGGGACCCGGACCUGGACGCAAUCGGGGUGUACAUUCCGCACCACCGGCAGCGCAUCCACGACGCGGUGCAGCGGCUCCGGGACGAGGACAAGGAAACAGCCAGCGGGCUUUACUUCACCCUGGAGCCGCUGUCACCGUCAGCCUCCGAGAUCUACACCAGUCGGCUCGCGGAGCAAUACGAGAGCCGCCUCCGGGGCUCCAAGUCAUGGACCGAGCCAAGUAGCGAGCGGGGCUUCGUGAUGGGGAUGACGGGAGCGCCGAGGAACCUUACUCUUGGGAAUCGUAGGGAGCUGUCGAUCUACCCGAAGCUCAAGUUGAAGAUCAUGAUCCGAGAUAAGCUCAUCCGCGAUGGAAUUAACCUAGCCAGGCCGCCAUACUCCAACAAGGAUGGCUCGUUGGGUAAUAUAGAUGACUUGGCUCAGGAGUACUCUGAGUAUUACAACACGUGCUCCAGCGACGUCAGUGAACGUUUGGAAGAGCUACGCAAGCGGCGAGUUUCACAGGAGCUGGACAUGGACAAGGCAGACCCCAGCUCCUCCUCCCUUCAGCUGCGCUCUGAAAUCCAGGAGUCACUGGGGUUUAGCAGUGAAGUCUCCACACCUGAAAUUGAAAGAAAGGUACCCCUCCACAGAUCCAGUUCAGAGGACGGGUGUGGAGGUAAAUGGGACGGUAAGAAGAAGAAUAAGUCUUUCUGGCAGAACUUCCGGAAGUCUCCAAAAGGAGUUACAAGACAGACCUCCAAAGGAGAGGACAUCGGCUAUGUUGCCAGUGAGAUUACUAUGAGUGAUGAAGAACGCAUCCAGCUGAUGAUGAUGGUGAAGGAGAGGAUGAUCACUGUGGAGGAGGCUCUUGCCCGGCUGAAGGAGUUUGAGCGCGUCAGCAGACUCAGCCAGAGUGAGUCCGACUGGACGGAAGCUUCCAGCACCACCGUCAACUCUCGAGAGCACUCCGACGAUGAGCAAGAGGACUCGCUCAAGUUCAAGCGUCUGCACAAGCUGGUCAACUCCACGCGCCGCGUUCGAAAGAAACUCAUCAAGGUGGACGACGGCAAGAGACACGCCUCUGACGACUCCCUGAGCCUGGAGGCGUCCCCAACGUGUGAGGACAUCUCAGCGCUGUACGCGGGCGUCCACAAGAGGCCGCCGGUGCUGGACGGUGACUCGUCACUGUCCUCGCUGACCCAGGAGCAGCUUUCGCUGGACGGCGACUCGGACAGCCUGGCCACCUCACAGUCAUCCAGCAGCCUGGACCACUGGGGCACGGGCGCCGGACGCAAACUGGUCAAGACUUACAGCGGGCCCGGCAGCAGCGGAGCUUCCAGACCUCACGCAGCGGUCAACGCCGUCGCUGUGUCCGUACACCCCCACGGGCUCAUCCGACCACCGCGCAAGCACAGUGAAAGCGGACGCGGUGGAGACGGAGGGAGUUCUUCGUCCUUCUCAGAGCUGGACGGAAGCGUGUUGACCGACGGAGAUCUGCAGCAGCAUCCUGGCGGUGGCGUCUCUCGCUCGGCGACCGAAGGCGAGAUGAAGCGUGCACUGGGCGCGCUCACGGCACACGGGGUGAGUAGCCGCUCGCCACAUGGCCUCUACGGCCUCACCCGUCCCCGAAGGGCUUCGCCGCGGCGACAGCUGGUCGCCCCCGACAACGGUAGCAACAGGAAGCCCGUGUCCACGUGGCAGCAGUGCCGUCCCGAUCCCAACUACGCCUACUCCACCAAGCACCUCCUCUACCACCAGCGCUCCAAAACUGCCCCGUCCCCCUGCCCCUCUCCGUCCCACUCCCCCUCGCCCCCCCCAGCACCAGGCAUCGUCGUCGCUGCCGCCGCUAGCCUGGCCGCUGAAGCCGGUCGGCCGCUGGGCUGGCGGCUGCGGGGCCGCAGCGCGGUCAGCGAGCUCAACAUCACCUAUGUGGUGGAGCGCAGCCUCCACGGGCACCUGAGCUGGACGCAGCUGGUGCGUCCGGUGGCCCUGAGCAACGCCGAGCGACGCUGCCUGCUGCUGGAGGAGGACGAGGGCGGCUGGAACUCCGCCUCCUCCACCGCGGUGGCCGCCACAGCCGCAGACAGGAAGUUGUACGAGGCGGACAGGAAGUGGGGCGCCAGCGUGGACCGCUGCACGCGGCGGGUGCUGCUGCGCUUCCAGCAGAAGUCUAGAACGUGUAGUUUCGGAGGAUUCGACCUGUCCAACCGAUCUCUGCACGUGGUUGGAACUGCCAGUGAAUCAAACAUUAAGGAUGAUGCGGUGUAUCGUGAGGUCAUCAAGUCCCCGAGCACGUCGCGCAUCUCUCUGGGGAAGAAGGUGAAGUCGGUGAAGGAGACCAUGAGGAAGCGCAUCUCCAAGAAGUACAGCAGCUCUCUCUCUGAACAGUCGAGUCCGGAUGGGACCCCCGUCUCCCACCAGUCUCCCCAGCAGGAGUGUGAGCCUCUGGAGAAGCCCAAGCUCAAGGCCGGGGGGUCAGUGGAGUCCCUCCGCAGCUCCCUCAGUGGACAGAGCUCCAUGAGUGGCCAAACGGUCAGCACUACAGACUCGUCAGCGUCGAACAGGGAGAGUGUGAAGAGUGAGGAAGGGGAGGACGAGGAGCCUCCGUACAGAGGACCCUUCUGUGGACGCGCCCGUGUACACACAGACUUCACCCCCAGCCCCUACGAUUCAGACUCACUCAAGCUCAAGCGGGGCGAUGUAAUCGACAUCAUCAGUAAGCCACCCAUGGGCACGUGGAUGGGCCUGCUGAACAACAAGGUGGGCACGUUCAAGUUCAUCUACGUGGACGUGCUGUCCGAGGAGCAGGAGAAGCCCAAACGCUCCAUCCGGAGGAAGAGCAGGAGGAAGAGCAGGCCACCCAAACCGGCCUCCGUCGAGGAACUGCUCGAGAGGAUCAACCUCAAGGAGCUCAUGCCUACGUUCCUGUUUAAUGGCUACGAGGAUCUGGACACGUUUAAGCUCCUGGAGGAAGAAGACCUGGAUGAGCUCAACAUCAAAGAUCCCCAACAAAGAGCUGUUUUGCUCACUGCUGUGGAGCUGCUUCAGGAGUAUGACAGCAGCAGUGACGUGGAGCGCAGCACCCUCACCGGCUCCCAGGAGAAGCUCCUGUCUGAGGGCCCCGGCCUGGAGGGCGACUCGCCCCGCGACUCCGGCUGCUACGAGAGCAACGAGAACCUGGAGAACGGAAAAAUCCGGAAGGCUUCGCGUUUGCUGAACUCGGGUGCGGAGCUGGGUGCCGCCGACUACCCCACGCUGCCACUGACCCGCUCCACUGAGGCCCUUCAGCAGGAGCGCGCCCGCAAGCACCCCGUUGCGGCCGCCGCCAAGCACUUCCUGUUACACCCACCAAUCAAAGCCCUGCGAGGCCUGGGGCGGGGCGUGCGGGGGGCCCGGCGCUGCAGGGUCCUAAUGCCCACCAGCCGCAGCUGCGAGAUGCUGGACGUGCCCCUGGAGGCCCCCACCGGAGCCGCCGGGUCCCGGAAGAGGUCGCAGUCUGUGGGAGACCUGCUGUGGGAACAAGCCUUCGACCAGCAGCAGAAGACCCAGAGGGGGCCUCUGCUGCCUGUUCAGGGGCCCGGGGCCAAAGAGUGGAAAGACCGGAUGGAGGUGGAGAGGAAGAAAAGGGUGGAGGAAGGUGGGGUGAUGCCCACUGCUGUGCCUGCUCUUCCACCCAGGCCUGGCGCUGUCGCUGCCACGUCUCCCAGCUCUCCUCAAGCGUCUCACAAUACACCAUUGUCUCCAUUCCGAAAGAGUCCUCCAGCGUCCCAUGAUGCCUCUGUGGCGUCGCCCGUCAGCUCCCCGCUCACGUCCCCUCCCACCUCCCCCCCGCUGCGGACUCUGCCCAAGAAGGCCCCCGUGCCCCCUCCCGUACCCGUCAAGAAGUCCAAGGAGCGCCUGCCCAACGGCCUGCGCCCACCGCCUCCUCCAGCCCACCUCCUGCCUGCCCUGCCCGUCAAAACCUGCCCCAGCCCCCCCGAGGGGAACACUUCUACCCCCACCACGUUCUCCCCCAUCUCCCCGAGCCUCUCUCCGGGGGAGACCGAGCCUGAGCCGGGCACCUCGCCGUCGGUGCCCCCUCCCUGGCUGUCGGACCUGCCCGAGUCUGCCUGCCCACAGAUCCAUGGCUCCAGGCCAGCGAUGGCGGCGGUUGCGCUCAGGAGGGUGUCCAAGAUGGCUGAUCUAGAGACUCUUCUGGAGGAAAGGCUGGUGGCAGAGGGCAUCGACCUCAUUGAGGAGCCCUACUCCGAUAAGCAUGGGAGGUGUGGUGUGCCGGUUUUGCUGGUGCAGAGGUACAGUGAGGAGCUACAGCGCCCCCUGCAGAUCAUCUUCUCCACGCUGGACAUCAUCCGCGUCAAACAGCUGCGCAAGGAGCACCGCAUGGCCAUCCCGUCGGGCGGACAGACAGACGCCUGCCGCAAGCCCACGUCCCCGUGCCGCUCGGCCUCCCUCUCUGUCUCUGAUUGGCUGGUGUCCAUUGGCCUGCCCAUGUACGCGGCACCCUUGGCCUCGGUGGGCUGUGAUUCGCUGGCCGGGGUGCGCGCCCUCACCGAGGAGUGUCUGCACCAGGCCGGCGUGAGCCAGGAUGGCCAUGUGCGCUGGAUCCUGCACGAGGCCCGUCUGCUGGCCUCGUAGCCUGCAACUGCGUGCCUGCGACUGUGUGCCCGCGUCUGCACUCGUCCAUGCAGGUCAAGUCCGGACCAGGGCAACGAAAUGGCAGGAUCUCUCCAGCCAACCACCUGCGUCUCUGUCCAUCUGUCCAGUCCAUUCUGUGUUCUUCCCAAACGCUCGGUGACUCCUGCUCAAACGUCUCCUCAUAACCCACAUCUGCAUCGAUAACAUCUGCAUUAAUAACAUCUGCAUCAAUAACUUCUGCAGCGAUAUGUCUGCAUCACACUACAUCUACUCUGCACCUCAGGCUAUGUCUGGGCCUGUGCCCUUUAAGACAUGGGCAGCACAGCACAGAGUGACCCCCAGAAUAUAGGAAGAAGGUCCUCUUCCCCUCUCUCUAUCUCCAUCUGUCAUUUUCAUCAGUCAUCCUGAGGGAUAGCAAAAGUCUUCAGUUUCAUACAAACACGGUAGCUUCUUCCAUAGGUGUGUUCACGUCCAUAUCUAGUGGAGGCAGACAUUCCAGUGGGUGAUCGAUCAGAGUCUUUGCAUCUCUUCGAGCUGUGAGCAGGACCACAUGUCAUGCUGUUAAUCUCAGUGCUCUCUGAACUCAUGGAGCCGGUCACCUCAGCAGGCUUUCUAUCUCUUCUUUCAUGUUCAUACCUUUUUACUCUUCUACUACGUUUCAUCUCUCUCUCUCUCUUCCUCUCCCUCUCUGUCUCUCUCUGCUUGUCUGUCAUCUGUUUGCCAAGGACAGAUUAGUGGCCUUGAGACUGAAAGGACAUUGACCUUUGACUCGAAAGCACUGCCGUUUGAGUAAGCAGCACAUCUUCUGUCCUUACAAAGGGUUGUAUGGUGCCCACAGACUGCUGUCGCUCACUACAACAGCAGUCUUUUUUAAAAAGAAGUAAACUCGUACACUCUUUCCUUUCAUGGAGUGAGUGGGGGGGGUGGGUUAAAGGACAGGAUGUACAUCAUUGUGAUCUGUUCUGUCAGAGCUCAGAUAUGGUUGAAUAUGGCGGCUUGUGUCUGGGCAAGAUCCGUUUUGGAGUCGCUGGUGCAUCACUGCUGGUGCCACAAGCCAGUGGAUUGUGGGACUCAAAACACUCUGUCAUCAACUAAGUGUGUGUGUGUGUGUGUGUGUGUGUGUGCGAGUGUAUAUAUGGUGGUUAGCCAGGGCAUGGCUGCCCAAGAAGACAACAUUAUUCUCAUAUCAGCAUUCAAUAGCAUUGUGUUUAUUUAAAGGAAAUAGUGUUAUAUGCCUUUAUUUCAGGGUCCUGUGUGUGUGUGUGUGUGUGUGUGUGUGUGUGUGUGUGUGUGUGUGUGUGUGUGUGUUUGUGUGUGUGUGUGUGCCAGAGGUUGACAUAUAGCCAUUUCAUAAGCUUCUUCCUGUUGUCUGGAAGAGCCAAAAUUUGCUUUUCUUGUCUAAUCUACUCUAAUCAGAACUAAUGGAAGAUAAUUAACUAUUAUUUAAUCUAACACUUUUCUGUGUCUAACAGUUCAACACUUCCUCUCACUGGUCAGAUUCUAGUGCCUCCACUGCAACAGUGUGCUUUCUCUAUAGCUUCCUUGUCAUUAUAUACAGUAAACACUGCGACAUGAGCAUUUAAGCUUUGUAUCCACACUCAAUCACACUUCCUGAAAGUUAUAUUAUUCGGGUUUCCAGGGAUAGGUUGAAUGUCUGUUAGCACACAGGCUGUAUCUUUGUUUUGUGUGUGUGUGGGUGUAUGAAUGUGUGUGUGUACAUUGUAUUCUGCGUAGACUCUAUUUUCAGCAUCUGGUAGUGAGACUUUGUAAGGUUGAGGAAUGUUUUGCUAUAACUCAAAUGAAAUGUAGUGAGGCAACAUCCUUAAAAUCUACCCCAUUCUAGACACACAAAAAAAGCUUUAGAUGAGGACUUCCUAUGACACAUCCACCAGGGAUUCUGUUUAUCAGUAUGAUUAGCACAAACAGAGUGUAUAGAUAUAGAUCAUAAUUACGUAGAGCACAAAGCACCCAGGUGUUCUUCGUUUUCUUUGGGUGGAACUAAUGGGGCUGAUCUAAACUAGAUCUAGCCCACAGUUUCAGCUUCAGGGGAAAAGGGCGCAUGAGUAAGCUCAAAGUUACUGUCAGAAUGUAGUUACAGUAGGUCUAAAGCGCUCCGCAUAUAGGCAUCGACAUGAGUGCACCGCCACUUUCUGUCACUUGCCUAGAGCCAAAAUGUUUAGCUGACAAGUAUUCGAAAAAACAUUAGAUUUUUAUUGAGUGGUGCCAACAAAACUGAAUCUAAUGUAAUCGAACAUUAAAAAUGGAGUGUGCUACACUCAUGUCGGUGCCAAUGUGCGAAGGCCUUUAAGAGUGCUCUUGUUGCCAUGGACACACAAGAGGUCAGUCAGUUCUGGGGUGGGGGGUGUUGAGCCCGGUUUGGGCCAUAAGAAAUCAGUGCCAGAAGUCCAUUCAGGGUUUCAAGUCUUUAAGCCGAAGUAAAGCACAGAAGUCUUACCUGAGUGUACAAUCUUGUGUGGUGUGUGAUUGACAGCUGAAGUGACUAUUAUCUAAUACAGACUGAGAUAUCAGUGCGUUUACACAGGGGCAUGGACCAGAACACACAAGCAGACAUCUGUGUCCAUAGUCUAAUGCACACAGUUUUACCAAACAAAAACAUUCUCAGUUGUAUCUGUGUCUGUAUGUGUGAGAGAGAUAGAGAGUGUGUGUUUGUGUGUGUGUGUGUGUCUGUGUGUGUGUGUGUGUGUGUGCUCACAAGAAUGAAGUGUGGGGUUUUCAAUCCAGUAAUCCAGUCCUCUUUCAAUGAUCAAUCAAAUAUCAGAUAGUUCUAAAAAAUAAAAGCGGAAAAAAAGACAUUUUUUAUUUGUAAAGAAAAAUACUGUUACUGUAAAAUGCACUUUAGCAAUGAAUAAAUUGUUUUAUUGUUUUAUAUAUAAAUUAAUAAAAGCUCAAUUGGCAUGAGAAUUUGUAGCCCUUUGACAAACCAUUCAUUCUGUGUCAGAUUAAGAACAGGAGGUCUACAAAAUCAAACUGUUCCUUAACACAGAAAAGAACAUCUCGGUUCCAAAUGCCAAGCCCAGGAUGUACAAAUUUGUAAUUGUCAUUAAUUAACAUUCUCCCCAUUAAUUACUUAACUACAAUAUGUUGUAUCAUUCCCCAUCUCUAAAGCAUAAUUACAUAUAUGACAUGAUUAACAUAUGUUGCACACUCUGUGUAUGUGAUUGAUAUUUAAAUAACUUAUUUGCUUUUCAUAUCAAUUGUAAUUAGUAGUUGUACUAUACAUUAAAAAACAGCAAUACCAUUUUUGCAUAUGGCAGGUGUGAAACUGCAGUAUCUAUGUAAAAUACCUGUGUAAAUAUAAUUUACCUGCUUUCAACUUGCUGAUGUCUCUGAACUUUCUUUUUUUUUUGCUUGUGUAUUGAAACAAACAACAAAAAUGUUUUAAAAAAUAAUUGUCACUCUGACUAUAAUAAAAAACCCUUUUCUUGGC